UUAACGUGUCAUAAUUAAGGUAUAUCGGAAAAAUGCUAUAGAUUUAAUUUUCUAGUACAUAGAUAUGUUAAUUGUGUGUAAUGUUUUGGAUGACAUAAAAAAAAUGUGAUAAGUAGUUGAGUACGGUGUCAUUACCGCUCUGAUAUCCACGAAGUGUAGACGUGUUCCAAAUUCUUCCUCAAAUAGCAACCGUUAAAUAAGGAAGCAAGAUGGAGGGAUCAGGAAAAUUUGAAAGCGAGUAUCAGGGGAGUGAGAAAUAUUUGAAUAAAAUUGAUUUAGAAGAUGUCGCAAGGCCGAGGUGCACCAACGAUUUGGAUAAGUUCAAACGGCGACUGAUACGUGCCAUCGCGAGGCUGCUAUUCAAGGAACAUAGAGAUGAUACGCAGACAUGGCAGGAACUGAAGAAAGAAACCGGAUGUGACUGUGAACUGUUGUGGACACGAAUGAAGGCAUUGACCAUAAAAAAACUGGUUAGGCUAUUAACAGCAGAGGAUAAGUUAGAAAAUAUAACAAAAAUUGCCCGACUCUCAGUCACUGAUUGGCUGCUUUAUGAUCUUGUGUUGGUACACGAAAAAGUGGAUGUUAUAGGCCAGGACUUACCUAAUAGGGAAGAACCGAGUUUUUUAAGGGAACUUUUCGAGUUGGUGGUAGAAUUUGAUCUGGAAUAUUCAUCCAAAGAAAAUUUGGCGAAGCAAUGGCUAUAUGCAACCAAUAAGUACAAUAAAGACGGUAAACGUCACAGUUCUCCGAUGCUGCUCCAGAAGCGUUGGUAUCAGCUGAAAGAACUUUCCAGAAGUAACUUCUACAAAUUUUGGUUCGAAUACCACGGGGAUGCCAAGAAUUUAGAGAAAGCCAAAGUUUUUAAACCAACGGAUCUGCAGAUGGAUGUUGUUAAAACGUACAAGGAAAUAGUGACGAAGCCGUUUCUUUGUUGGGAGGAAUUGGUUAAAGCGAAGAGAGUUGCGCUGCCAGAGGACUUUGAGCGAGUUUGUCUGAAACCACAAAAGAUGAACGUAUCAGAAGACGAGCCGGACCUCCAAGUUAUAGAGCCAGAAGUGGAGACUAUAGAUUUAGAUGAAAGUAAUGAUGAGUCGAACAAAUCACCCAAAACUCUUGAUAAAGACAAUGGUAGUGAUUGCAGUAUUGGCAUAGUGAAAGUUGAGUCACUAUCGGAACAAGACGACGUGAGUGUUUUAGAAUCUGUGUACAUACCCUCAGAGAAUCCCAGGAUAAACUACGUUAAAGAAGUGGAAGUUGGUGUAAUCGGAACAAGUGACGAGCAAAUCAUGCCGAAAAUAACAUCAGUCGUAGGAGCUGAUGAUUUACAACCUACAGGGUGUUUGGAUAAAGCCAAAGAACCUGAACCAGAUUAUAUAGAAAUAGAAGUAGACAUAGGGCCUAGAUCAAACGCGACUGCCCAAGUUAACAAUAUAUUAGAGGAUAUCGUUACAAAAGUAGUUGAUAGCAAGUAUAUUAAUGAAUCGUCCAAAACCACAAAGGAUCCGGAACUUGAUGUUAGCGAUAACAUCGAAAAAUUGCCAGCCAACAUUGAUUUGGACGUAGAUAAAGAUAAGACUGAUCUGAAUGAGAAUACCAAAAAGUCAGGUGAUAGUGUAAAUAUUAUUAACGAUAUGGAUUUUUAUUUUCCAAGUGAUUUCAACACUCUCCGGGACCUAAUUGAGUUUGAAGAUUAUGGCAUCGAAUACGUGGAUGAAGAUUAUGCAUCAGAGCCGCAGACAAUAAGGCAAAGAUCGUCUGAAGAAAGAAGAGAUACGACCGAAAAAGAAAUAGAAAUAGACAAAAAACUACUUCUAACUCCGCUCGUGUAUACCAAAAGACUUGACGAAAUGGAUGUAUUUCGUUUCCUAGAUUACAACACAGUUACGGACAAGCGUGUCAUAGAGAACGCUGAUAUGGAAAGCAAACCUAUAUUUAUGAAAACGUAUGAUAACACAGAUGUUGUACCGGAGGACGAGUCCGAGACGGAAACCGAUAAUAAUGAUAACGAAGAAGUCGAAAGUACUAUAAAUUUAUCAAGUUGGUACUUUCAAAAACCGAAGGUGAAAAGUUACAACCCUAUACAGUUGUGCAAGAAUCCAGAUUUUAAUACGAGAUUAAAAAGAUUGCCGGUAGCCUUUUACGCUUCCGAACGCAAUCGGUUGCAAUUAAAGCAAUGCAAGCCCCUAACUAUCGAUCUCAACAAAGCAUUUGAAGAUUUACUCGUUGAUAAUACACUAUACUUGCAAGGUGAUAGUCAGAACUCUUAUAUAGUAAACGAUGAUGAAGAUAUUCCUGUAACAAAUGUUAUUGAACCACCAAAUAUUAUUGAUAUUAAUAAUGAAAACUCCGACGAAUGCAAAGAAGCUCGUUUGAAAGUCCAACCCGAAACGCAUAUCGAAAGAAAUAAAGUCAUCAACUUGCCUAAUAUAGACCAAAUACGUCGUGUAAACCAAGGUCUUCUUAUUGCUGAAGUCUCACCAAUUCUAAUCUCUGAUACUGUCAACGAAACAGAUGUUGUCAAACCACCGAUUGUAUUAUUGAAAAGUUGUCAAGAAGAUUUACGCGAUUCAACAAUCACCAGUGUUACGAAAAAUAGUCAUGAAGUUGAAGAUAUUAGUGAAGUUGAAAUCAUCAAUGAAGUUGAAAAUAAAAAUGUAGUUGAAAAUAUUAAAGAAAUCGAAAUUAUAAAUAAAGUUGAAAGUGUUAGUAACGUUGAAAAUAUCAUUGGAGUUGAAAAAAUCGAUAAAGUUGAAAAUACUCAUAAGGGAUAUUCAUCUGAAAUAAAUUCUGCAAUACCGAAUGACAGCGGUGUGUUACUUGAAACUGAAUAUGAUUGUAUUGACGUAGAAGAAAAUGAAAUAUCUCAAGCAAAUGUUAAAGAAGAUAAUUCAAAACACACGGAAAAAGUUCCAAAAUCACACAGCAACAAGACAAAAUCGACUAGAAUCAAACAAAAACCAACUUCUAGGAAACAUAUGGCGUUAUCAUGGUACCCGAAAGUACCGGCUAUAAAUAUGAAUUCAGGUGAUUGUCUCUUAGCUGCUGAUACGGUUGAGAGAAUAUUGUGCGUAUGCAAGGACGAUUACGUACCGAGCGCAACGAAACCUUCAAGAAGUAAAAAGAAAAGGAUUGCCAGGCAAAGGAACGAAGCUAACGUCGACAAUCAAAAGCAGGAAGAUGUUGCUAGUUCGUCAGUUGAAAGUGAGAAAGUUGUGGAGAAAAAACCUAGAAAACAGAAAUUAGAUAAAGAUAAAUCGCAUUAUAAAAGCAAAAAAUCGAAAAAAAAUUUAAUUACCGUCACUACAGACGUCAAGAAUGUUUGUUGUUGGGCGCGUUAUAAGAUAAACAAAUUCACAAAAGGCUAUGUUAAUACAGAAUACAGGACAGGGAGACAUUUAUGUCGUAGGAAUCUCUGUAUGUGUUGCUGUAAAACUGACCUCGAAGUUAAAAUAGAAGAAGAGAGGAAGAAGUAUGAGUCGAUAAUACUUUCUGACGAAGAACCUGUCUUGAAGGUGUCUGUUGGUAUAAAUACAGAUUACGAUGGAGAAUUUGAAGAUCAAUUUGCAGCAAACCUCAGUUUACUUAACAAAAAUCAGAUUCCAAUGCCCGCGCCUACAAUAAGUUUGAUUAUCGGUGAUAUGCCAAGAAGCUCCAGUAAUGAUAGUGGAUGUCAGACAUCAAUGCCAAACUACACUGAACCACCUUCACCCCGCAAAGUAACUAAUAAUAAUCCCCUUGAAGGCAGUUCAAAAUUAAAUAAAACCAAUUUACCAAUAUGUCUCGGUAAAAAUAAAAUUUUGCUUUGUUCAUUUAAGUCUGCUGAUGGUAAGAACAGUAAAAUUUUGAGUGCGAAUAAAAAUAAUCCGGGUGUUUUGCCUAUGGGUUGUCAGUUGGUACUAUUACCCAAUCGGGAGCUUGUAUUGUCCAUGGAGCCCGGUGUAGAGUUGGAUGAAGAUCAGCUAUCUAAAGUACAGAUAAUCAUAAAGUUAGUUCAGAAAGAAAUUAAUAUGAAUCCAAAUUACAAAUCGGAAAUUCCUUUUUUGCGUAACGUAAAUAAAAUCGAUCAUCCCAUAGUUAAUAUGUCUAAAAGUGAAAUCUCGAAAACUAGUGUUAAUUUGAACCCCAAUGAUACAACACCAUCAAAAAUUAACCCGGAUGAUGGUGUCGUCCCAACAGAGACGGAACCUGAUGUAGAACAAAUAGUUUCUGGCACAGAAACUCCAAAUAGUUUAGAAGAUCAAAACCAAACAUCUGAUUCACAAACUGUGGACUGUGAACCAAACAGUAAAAACAGCGAUAACACAGGAACUAAAAAGAAGACGAUAUUAUCAGAUUUAAUGCAGAUGUCUGGUAUUUCUACGGACGAUGUAAAUGUCAGUAAUGAAAAAAAUACCGCAGAUGAUACAUGUUUACCGAAAAUUCUAAAUGUUUCAUCACUAUCUGAAACUCAAUCUCCUGUCGUUACAGCAGCUGCACUCCAAAAGGAAUACAAUAACGUAUCUAUGAGAGUCACUAGCGAACCCAUUUUCAAUAACGCUGUUGUUCGAGCCGCGUUAACGAGGUGCCCUGAAUUGAAUAUAGUCUCGUCAUUCCCAGAACUAAAAUAUGCUCACAAAAAUAACGCUCAAUUCUUCAAAAUGGACAUCCAAACGGGAAUAAUUAUUCCCAUAAACGUGUGCGUAAAGAUGAACCAAAAAAAUUUAAGUAAAAAGAAAGAUGUAUCAAAUCCACCACAAACUGUGAUCGACUUAACAGAAGGUGAUGUUGAUGAAAAACAUCAUCUGUAUACUACAGAACAAGCUCCGAGAGAUUCCGAACAGGCUUAUGAUAAUUCAGAAAAAGUUUUAAAUAUUUCUGUUACAAAACCAAACAAAGAAAUGGCUGAACAACAACCAACUGACAGUCUAUGUGUCGAGAGUAAAGAAAAUGAGCAAAAUAAUUUAGAUCAAGAACAGAACUGGUCCGUUAAACCAAUCAAAAUGUUUAAAGCCUUCCAUCCAUCCAUACUAAAGAAUCCCAGUAAGAGUUUCCUUGGGAGUCUUGUGAAGAACUCCGAUAUUAUACCAAAUAUCAUAGGGACGACUAAACACAAAAGAAAACAAGAUUUGAUUGCCAGAGAUCCAGAUUUAGAUACUUUAACCGAUGUAACCACUUCGAAGAGAACUGAAAGCGAAAAUGAUUCUGAUGAUGAGCCGUUAUCUAAAAAGUUGAGACGAAGAAGUUACGUUGGCGAAGUAGAUAUGAAUAAAACAAAUGACUCGCAGCGGGAGAGUCAUGAGAAUCUGAGCAGUAACUUCUCGAGUGUUGAUUCCAAUUUAAAACCCCGCCUGGAACCGAUCGUCUUUGAUGAUAACGAGGGUCAAACCUCUGGUGAAGACUGUAUUCUCGGGGUUUAGGUGUAAUUUUUUUGUUACUUAAUCCAAGUACUCGGUUAUAUCAAGUUUUUUGGAAGUUAUAAGAUGAUCUCGUGAUUAAAGUUUUGUUAAAAACAUCAUUACUUUGUCACUGAAGCUGAGUAUAUUAAGAUUUAUUCUCAAAAACUGUGAUAGCGUUGUUUUUGUACAGUUAGUGCUUAAGAUUUUAUGGUUAGAUAUUAAAUUAUUUUUUAGAUAAUUCUUGAGAAACCAACUCUUCUACAAAUAUAUCUAUUCUUUACAUUUUAAUCAUCUCUGAUCGAGAUGUUGAAUGUUUUAGAAGUCUAGGUAUUUUUGUGAAAUGCGGCCUUCACUGGAAUUAUAAAUGAGAGAUAAUAAGAGUACAUUUCUUUCGGCCGAUUUCUGAUAUUUCUGUACAUAACUGUCUUGGUACGUCGUUGUACCGUGUUUAUUUAUGAAUAAAAAAAGAAACCAUUUUGAAAACAA